AAAUUCUAAUACCUGGACCCUACUUCUCUUACCAUCAGGUGCACCGGAGUCACAUUGGCUCGUCCGUAUAAAAAAACAAAAACGAUCCAAUCGCAAAUAAAUUCAUGUCUACCCGACUUAGGAAUUCAACAGAGAAUCGCAUAAUUUACAACUCAAAACGUAACCAUUAGACGAAUAAGGUUCAAAACAAAAUAGUAUUCAAAAGUGACUCAUUCUUAUGACGUAAUGCGUUUUGAAAAGUCUUUGUCUCAACUUAACAACAGCCUCCUUUGAGAUAUUUAUUUGGGAAUUCUUUGUUUAAUGAGAGAGAGCAUUCAUACCCACGAGAUUUUAGGAAUGGGGGUAUGUGUAAAUUUUUCGAGUCGAUAAACACACAUGAUUUUAAUUGUGCCUAUUAUGCUGAGGGGCUCGCUCCCUGUAGAAAGCGAGUCCAGUCAUCAUGGAACGAAAUAAUUAACAUGGCAAAAAGGAGAUAAAUUCUUCCGUGCCAUGGAUUUCAAAACAGCUACAAGCAAUGACUUCCAAUGGCCAUUUCCAAAGCCAAUAGUGGGAAAACCAUGUGAGCCUCCGCAGCCGUCGGCCGCGGUUACAGUCCGGCCGGUCCCCGUAGCGCCAUACUGCCACUGCGACGCGCAUUCCUACUCACCGCGGGUAGAGCAGUACAAACAACUGUUGGAGAAAGAGCAGAAACUGUGCCAGGAUUAUGAGCAGUUAAGGAGACAGAUGGUCGAGGUAACAAACGAUAUUUUGGAUCAUCCGUGCGAUGACCUGGACAGCAAAAUGGUGACCAUGUACGAAGCCUCAUAUAAAAAGAGAUCUUUCCCAACAGCAGAUUACAAGACAAUAAUGGUGGCGUCGCAAUCCAGCGCCGCUGUACCCAUGGAGGGCAACCGGCUUGGCGUACUGCGCUGUUACAAAGACCCCACUCACUUCACAGAGAACCCCCCAGUGGUGCGACCCACGAUCAACCCUCCUGGGCAGGUGCACACGGGCGUCGCGCCCAAGUCCGUCCAGUCUUGGUUCACAGAGUACCCAGGGAGGACAGAGUAUAUGGACACGUACAGCGCUUCGGCGAAGGCUUGUUGGCGGUCCAUGCAGAGGUACAAGGAGCCGAUGCCUUCUACAAGAAGAAGGGCGGACGAUACGUGUGUUUAGUGCAGUUUUGUCGGAAGAAAUAAAAAUAAGGGAAGAUA